GAUGGUUACUAGAAAGCUGCAGGACCACGCUUUCCUAGCGCACCUUCCAAGGUACUUUGGAGCCCGAUUCCCCCAGAAAAAUACCCCCGAUAUGGAGGUAACGGAAAAGGUCUUCCAGGGUCUACGUCAGUUGGCAACGUGGAUCCUGGGGCCUGUGUCAACCCUAUGGGAUCUCCUAAAGUUCUUUAACCAGAAUGUUCAGCUUUCUCAGGACUGUGUGGUACAUGAAAGUUCUGUGGCAGGCAUGCGCCACUUGUGUAGGGACCAAGGGUGGAACGUUCCUGUGAAAUUUUCCCUACAUCCUUUGAACUCUCCAGCCUGUUUAAAACAGUGGCGGGUGCUGUUGCACUUACUCAACUUUGUGAGUCCAGACCAGAGAAGUGAGUUCAGACUGUUCCUAGUUCCAGUGCCAUAUUAUUCCCGUUGGACCAAUGAGGAACAGGCCCCACAGGAGUUUGACCAGGAGCUAUUAGUGAUGGACUCACCUGAGCCCAUGUGGCAGGCUGAAGAUCGGCUGGCUAUGAAUGAGACCACGGGGUUGCCUGAAGACUGGGUAGCCACGACGGAAGCCAUGUGGCUGACUGGGGAUCAAGUGGAAGAGCCUACCCAAGGACAAGGUGGGUUAGACCAUCUGUUUGAUGCCCACUUCAACCUGGACAGGGCUUGGGAGAGCACUUCACAGUCUUUUGACAGGACAUGGAAGGGGACCUCCCAGGAGCUGAUAGAGGCCGUCCCAGAAGUUCGCCAUCGACUUGAACAUUUGCCAGUGUGGAGGGUGCAGGUAUGUUGUGACCCCCACACCUACCCAAGCAAGAUCAGCAUUGACCCUAGAUAUAAGACGGCAGUGGGGCUCCACCCCAAAGAGGCCCCCUACCUCAACGACCAGGUAUUCCGGGAUUUGUUGCGAUUUUGGAGGGAUGACCACUGCAUUGUUGGCGAGUUAGGGCUGGACCACUCAGCCCCAGCGAAAGAGUGGAAGACACAAGAAGCGGUGUUAAGAGAACUCUUGCCAUACAUCCCGUCUGGGCGUCCGGUAGUCUUACAUGUUUGCGGACCAGAAGGAGAUGAGGAGGCAGGGACGACCCACACCCGGACUAUUAGAAUCCUGAGAGAAAUCCUGCCCCAAGAUCAACCUAUUCAUGUUCACUGCUUCACCGGGAAUGAAGAAACUGUUCGGGAGUGGUUGGAUGUUUUCCCACAGACCUACUUCGGUUUCACCGCCAGAGCGAGGAUGUUCACCCAGGACCAGUUUGAGGGAUUGAAAGCUGUCCCCGGAAACAGGGUGCUGUUGGAAACAGACUCUCCUUGCAUGCCGCCAGUUGGAUAUAGAACCAAUUCCCCGACAUUGUUAUGUCUGGUGGCGGAUGUCGUGGCUGAGGCGAGGGGCAUCACGACUGAGGAAGUGCUCUGGGCCACCAACAACAACGCUGCUCGAUUUUUUGCCCUGUAGAACACUGUUGGUCUUACCCAGUGGUAGGAUGACACUUGAGUAAUGUGUGCAAGAGAAUGUUGGUCCUACCCAGUGAUAGGAUGGGACUCCAGUAAUGUGUAUAAUAGACUGUCGGACUGACCCAGUGAUAGGGUGGGAUUUGAAUUUGAGAGCAGAAGACUGACUGCUCAUAUGGAUGUGUGAGAGAAGGAGUGACCCCUUGAUAAGAGUGUGAAAAUUGUACCCCCAAAGUGGACAGUCGAGGGAAGACCUCUUGCCUGUGUGACAGACCAAAGAGGUGUGUAGUGGCGACAUAGUGUCCUUCCCGUGGAGAGAGCCUAGAAAACGGGGAGGGAUAUGAUCACCAGCACCAAUCAUCUUUACUAGAGGUCAAAGCCAUGACCUGGGACAAAAGGUGCUGGAAGCAACUGACAAGUCUAUGGAAGCCAUUUUUUGAUCGGAUGAUAUGGUUUCCCCAGCCCCUUUGCCUUGUCCUGCCCCUUGUUUAGGAGGUGUAGGGGACUGUUAUUAUAUAUACCCUUAGGGUUUUUAGUAUUACAGACUUAUGGGUGGUUCAUAUUUAACACGCUCAACCAAACGCUGAAGAUGAC